AUACACUAGAUAAAAAUGGAAGUCGACCUUGUCAGCAGAGAUCCUAACAGUUUGAACGCCCACCUUGGGACCCUUCAUUUCAAUGAUGUUUUUGGAGAACCUGACGGUACGCACAGUAUUGACUGCGUCUGGAAAUUGUCCCACGGCUGCUUUAACCUCUGGAAAAACCUCUGCUACAAAAUACUGACCCUGUGUUUCGGUUGCUGCAUCGCCGCAGAGUGGGGCUGUGAGUUUGCCUACAUCGCCUUCUACCACGUCUGGUACAUCACUCCAUGCUUCAAGUGGCUCGAGAUCAACUGCGGGGUUUGCCAACGUCUCUAUUCUAUGUGCAUCAACUGCUGCAUGACGCCAUGCUUCGAGUCCUGUGGUGGAAUCUUCCAUCAUUUCAAGAAAUGAUCACGUGAAUUUAAUGACAUAUUGGAA